AUGACCCAGGCAUCUGCUAUACAGGCCCUGACAAUCCUCAUAGACCAGAGUCUGCCUAGAGGGCUUGAGGAUGCUAUGGAGGUAACACAGAAGUUCACUUUCAACCCAAAAGAGGGGAUUGACAAUCCAGCCUUGGUCAUCUCAGAUGACACUGAGCCAGAAUUACGUCCACGGCUCUGCCUGCUGAAGCGAGAGGAAGGCCAAAGCUUUGGCUUCUACCUGUGCCAAGACAAGGGCUUCCGCGGUCACAAGGUACAGCACGUGGACCUGUGGAGCACAGCCUGCCGCAGUGGGCUCAGAGAUGGAGACCACAUCUUGGAGGUCAAUGGGGAAUUUGUGGACAAUAAGGAUCACUCCGCAGUCGUACUGAGGAUCCAGACAUCUGGGCUGCAGCUGUGUUUGCUGGUACUCACGGCACAGGAGUAUGAGCUGGCAGUAUCCAACGGCCAGGACCUCUUGGCACUGUCCAGGGCUCACCGUGGAGAAACCUGUGCCAGGCCAAGGCUAUGCCACAUCAUCAAAGAGGCUGAUAUUGGACUAGGCAUCCGCAUAAUCCCCAUUGAAGGUGAAAAGGGGAAAUACUGUGUCAACCCUGUACCAGAGAGUCCAGCUGAGAAGGCAGGUGUUCGGCUUGGAGACAGACUGAUCUGGAUCAAUGGUGUCAGGGUCUCCACGCUCACACAUUCAGCACUUGCAAAAAUGGUAAAGAAGUGUGAACAUGUGACUGUCUUGGUGAUUGACCGUGAAAGUGAGCAGAGCUACAUCAGUCGUAAAUUACCCAUCUUGCCUUGCAUGGCAAGCAGUCAUAAUUUGCCUCACAGGCCCAAAACAAUGCAUCUCGUCCAAGGACCACAGGGCUAUGGUUUCCUGUUGCGACAAGAAAAACUUUCAUCGGGCCGCAUUGCUCACAUACUGCGUGAAGUGGACCCGGGCAGUCCAGCAGAAGGCGCCGGCAUGGAGGAUGGAGACCUGCUGCUAGCUGUCAAUACAGAGCUGGUGGAGACUACUGAACAUGAGUAUAUUGUCAGCAGAGUGAGGAAAAGUGGUCAGCAGGUCACACUAACCACGAUAUCCCUCACUGGCAGAGAGUAUUACACACAGUUGGGUAUUUCUCCUAUGAUGUUCUAUGAGGAUCACAUUCAUAAAAGAGAGGCAAGGACUUCCCAACAUCUUGGUACACUACCCCACAAAGAUGGGAGUGCCUGCAGUCCCUGCCCCCGACUGUGCGUUCUUGAGAGAGAGGGCUCGGAAUAUGGCUUUAAACUAUGUUUUGUUGAAAAUGAACCUGGAGCCUUCAUUGGCAAGGUGGAGCCUGGGAGCUCAGGAGAACGAGGAGGGUUGUUGGAGGGUGACGUGGUAGUUGAAGUAAAUGGGCAGAAUGUGGAAGAUGAGAUGUUUGAGGAUGUGGUGAAGAUGAUAAAGAAUGGUAGGACUUCUCUGCGGUUGCUGGUGGUGGAACAGUCAGGAUAUAAAAAACUUAAAGAGAGUGGUCAAACCAUCAGUCCUGGCCUCAUCCUCCAUAGCACAGAGGUUCCAGACUCAACACAAGAUGACUUUGUGUGA